AUGGGUCUUAUGCUUCCUCUCAGAAUCGUCCAGGGUUCUCUGGCAUUGGUCAUUCUGGCCCUCUCGGCCUAUGUCGCCAACUGGUACAACAUGGACACGAUGACCUCGUCCCCGUCUCAGGUCAACUUCCUGGUUUUCGUCCCUCUCUGGUCUUUCAUCUCGAUUGCCUAUCUGGAGCUGGUUCCUAAGUUCGCUCCCAGAGCUUCUCACCCUUGGGGCGCCGUUGCAUUCGAGCUCCUUAAUGUCCUCUUCUACUUUGCCGGUUUCAUCGCCCUCGCCGUCUUCCUCAGCAAGCUUCUCUUUUGCCGUGGUGCUGUCUGCGCUGCAGCUCGUGCCGACACCGUCCUGGCGGCCCUCCAGUUCGCUCUCUGGUCCGGCACCUCGCUGCUCAUGGUCAAGGACGUUUUCAAGAUGGGGUUCCGCAAGCCCACCACCACCACUGGCCCCCCCCCUCAAAUGAAGGAGUCCGCGUAA